AUGGCUCAUUCUCUCUGUCCGCUGCGGACGUCCAAGACUUGCCCCUUUGAGGGCCCACCUCCUGCUCGCCUCGAUCGGCCCUUGCAUUCGUGCUGGUGGGACUUCCCGACGAGGUCCAAACCUUUCCCGCCUCCGGGAGAUGUGAGAGAGGACACUCCAGCCGAGAAGCUGUUCACCCCAACUGGAUUCCAGGAGAAAGUCUCUGCUGACGCUUUCAUCCCCAGUCUCACGCCCAGCCAGAUGGUGGAAUUACAGCAGGAGUAUUCCUGGCUGACUGAGCUGCCGCUGGACGAGAUGGAGAAAAUGUUCGAGACCUACGCGAAUGCAGAUGGAGGCUUGGACAGGAAGAUGUUCGUCAAGGGCACCAAGAAGGUCCUGGGCCAUAUGACCGAUGACAGGCUGCAUGUGCUCUUCCUCAAGGUGGACACGGACUGCGACGGCAUCAUCACCUGGGAGGAGUACGUGGACUAUGUGAUGCGGGAGUUCCAGGGGAAGGAGACGAAGAGGAGGAGCCAGUACCGCCUGCGCUUCCAGCUGCCCAUGAAGAUCAUCCCCCAAAGCCACCGCUGUGAGAUCGUGAAGGUGCAGUACUUCGUCCCCCGCCUCAAGAAGUUUGGCUGCUUCGUCACCGUCACCAAGGACGGCUGCCUGGAGACCUGGUCUGAGAGCUUUAUACUGAUCAGCUCCUUCAGGCUGACCCAGCUCCAGCAGUCCCCCCACCAGCAGAUGUGGGUCACCGACAUGGUGUGUCUGCACAACAUGAACCUGGUCGCAGUGGCGUCCACUGAGCAGAAGAUCGAGUUCUAUGAUAUUAGUGACUUCGACUGCAUCCGGGCCUUCACCUUCAUCGACCUGGACAGCUGUGUGAUGGUCAUGGACUACUGGUCUGACUACCACAGAGGUGUCUUCUGCUACGGCGACAGCAAGGGCAGCGUCGCCGUCUUCACCUCCGACAACGUGAAGAACGGGCUGUUCAACCCCUGCAUCCUCCCCAAGACCUCCAAAUGGGAUCGCACUCACUGGACCACCGUCUCUGCGCAGAAGCUCCUGAAGGAGAAGUCCAGUCUGUAUAGAACUUUCCGGCUGAAGGCUCUCCACCCCACCUGGUGUCAGCAGGUCAAGUUCAUCCCUGAGAUGAACCUGGUGGCCUCCUGUGCGGCUAUCGAGAAGGCCUCGCUGGUGCUGACCAUGCUGCCGGACAAAGACUCGGAGAACCCCAGGUUUUCCGUGCUGGGACUAAGGAAGGGGAUUCUUUGCUUUGAUUACUGCGUGGACAAGAACUUCCUCGUGACCGGUGGCUACGACCCCCUCAUCCGCCUGUGGAACCCCUUCUUAUCCAGAAAGCCCGUGUGGCAGAUGAAGGGCCACCGGGCCUCGGUGACGCACAUCCUCAUCAGCAGCAAGGACAGCAGCAUCCUCUUCAGCAUCUCCAAGGACAAGAAUAUCCGAGUGUGGGACAUGCUCGACUACAUCUGCCUCCAGUCCUUCUGCGGCCGGCUGCUGGCCCUGGGGAACUGCCCCAUCACCAGUGCCUACUUCCACAAGGAGGACAACGCGCUUGUCUGCUGCACCUUCUCGAUCGGGGUCCUGCAGGGCAGCCUGGAGUCGCAGCAGGCCGACCUGGAGGUGGAGAAGACCAGCACGCACAACAUGCCACUCUGCGGCGCCCUGUACAGCUCGCCCAUGCAGCAGGUGGUGAGCGGCUGCGUGAGUGGCACAGUGAUGGUGUGGGAGCUGAUGACGGGCAGGAAGAUGGCCAUGUUCUCGGUGUCGGGGGACGAGCACGAGGAGCUGACGGCCAUGGCCCUGGACGAGCCAGAACGCUGCCUGAUCACGGGCCUGCGGGACGGCAGCGUGAAGCUGUGGAACUACAACAACGGCGAGUGUCUGGUCACCUUGCCCAAUCCCGACCACAUGGAGAUCAGUGGAAUCAUCCACUUGAACAAAGUGUUCUACGUGGCGGGCUGGAGCAAGAGAAUCAACAGUUUCAUGUUCCACAGGACCAAGCCACUGCUCCUGUGCUACCCCUGGCCGACCUUUCACACGGACGACAUCCUGAGCAUGGACAAGUACCAGAACCAGUUUCUUGGGACGGCGUCCUACAAUGGGGACAUCAUCUUAUGGAACAUCUUCCUGCUCAAGCCCCUCUUGAGUUUCAACGCCUCGCAGAGCUACCUGGCCCUGCAGCCCCAGAAGGUCUACACCCCCGAAGCCGAGGAGAAGGCGCCAGAGCCGCAGGAGGCCAGCAGACCUCACACAGCGAAAAAGUGGGCAGAACGUUCUGGGGACCACCCGGGCCCCAGCCGCAGGGCCGGGCCCAACCUGUGGCGGAACCUGGUGUCAGCGCCCCCCGUGAUGAGACAUCCCGACCACAAGGAGAUGGAGGUGCGUGCUUGCAGCCCUCAAGAAGCCCCUCAGCACCAGUGGCUCCAGGGUGACGGGGAAGACCCAGGAGGAGGGACCCGCUGCCGAGGGCACGGAGAGCUUGCAGAAGGAGGCGCUGCGGAGCAGGGCCGCCGUGAAGGCUGGCUGGGAGCCGGCAGGGAGCUGCACCCUCAGUUCCGGUCCUGUCCCUGCUCCCGCUGGCCCCCAUCCUCCAUCGAGAUCAUCUUCCUGCAGACCAGGCCCCGGCAGCCGUACACGGCCGCCCUGCUGAGCAGCUGCACGGAUGGCUACCUGUACGCCUGGUCCACCCACGGCAGUGGCGGCCUGCUGGGCAAGUUCCCCUCGGGCCUCACUGAAACCGAGAACGUGGUCGUGGGCACCAUGACCACGGACAAGAACGACUUGAUUCUUCUCACGGGGGACUCCAAGGGGCAGAUCAAGAUCUGGGACAUCAAGGAUUACUGCGUGUCCACUGGCAGAUAUCCACAAAUGCGCCAGCACCAGUCCGGGUGGCAGUCUCUGUCUGUGAGGAACAAGUUCCAGUACUUAAUCUCUAAGCGGAUCCGGACUGCCGGCCCCUACUUUGUCCCCUUGAAGCCGACUGAGGUGGUGUCUGGUCAGACCGUUUCCCUGGUUCCUCCCAAACUCCUGAUUUCCUGGAAGGGCCACGAGGAGAGUGUGGUGGACAUCCGGUAUGUGAACAACUUCCAGUUGCUCAUCACCGCUGGUCUGGACCGGGACGUCAAGGUUUGGAAAGUCUCCGGUGAGGCCAUUGGCACCUUUGGCCUGACCAUCUGGAAGAAGCUGCAGAUGGUGGACGCGGAGCUGAGCAAAGGCUAUAAGGACACGUCCAUGUUCAUGGACAGCAGCCUGCAGACUCUGUAUGAGGAGCAGCCGGGAGACGUGGACCUGGCCAGCGCCCUGGAGUACCAGCGGCAGGAGCAGAUCGCCCUCCUGGCCCUGCUGCACAUGAAGGGGGACAUGGAGACCGGGGCCUGGGCCGCCCUGCGGAGACUGACCCUGCAGUGCCCGUGGGGCGGGGAGCGCCCCCUGGAGGACAUCGAGAACAGCUGGCGCGCGUGGGAGAGCCGGGCCCAGACGGUGAACAAGGCCGUGGGGGGCUCCUACUGGCACAGGGAGCGGGCGCGGAGCCCCGGCGCGCACUUCAGGGACGUGCAGUACGGAUGCAUGCGACACCAGAUCUCGCCGCGGGUCUUCCAGAGCCUGCCCUUCACCGAGCUGGCUGCCGUCCAGCAGCCCGAGCUCCUGCAGGAGGCCCUGGAGCAGCCGGGCAGCAGUGGGCACACGGUGGCCCACAAGCUCUGGCGGAAACUGCACCCCGACGGGGACACCAUGGCCAGCGUGGCCUCCGUGUUCUCCUCGCUCUUCUCCACGGCCUCCGGCUCUGCGUACCAGGAGUCCACCCCCACCUCCUCCACGCUGGCCUCCUCCUCCCUUUUCUUACACUCAGGCUCCAUUAGCCCCAGGAGGGCCAGGCCCAAGUCUGCCUCCUCCAGGCAGCCCAUCGGGUUUCGAAGAGCCUCCUCUAGAUCCUUGAUAAGGAAGCGCACCCCUGUGCAGUUCUGAGGGCCCCCCACACGUAGA